GCUCAUUUUUGAAAAAUGGAGGCAAGCUCUGAUUCCUCCAAUCCUAAUGAGUGGGAGUUGAGUAAGGAGAACGUACAGCCCUUGAAACAAGGGCGCAAGUUGGCGAACUUGACAGCAGCGUUCGCUCCUAGUUCUGUUGAUCAGAGUAGAAUUCAUAAAGAGAAACGAGAGUUUGAAGCACAGAUCAGAACGUAUGAAGGCGAAGAUCCAUUAGCUAACUGGUACAGGUACAUAGUUUGGACGAGUGAAAACUUUCCCAAAGGCGGUAAAGAUUUGGGAAGUUUACUCGAGCGGUGCAUGACAACGUUCAAAGAUGAAGAAAGAUACAAGAACGAUGAACGAUACGUGAAAGUCUGGUUGCGUUAUACUGACAUUUGUACAGAUCCCUUGGAAAUUUUUAACUACAUGCACAGUCAGCAGUUAGGCAAUGGAUUAGCUCUCUUCUAUGAAGCAUGGGCCCUUAGUCUUGAAAACCUUGGAGAUUGCAAUAAAGCUGAUGAAGUACUAAACUUAGGAAUUCACCGGAGCGCUCAACCAUUGGAAAGACUUCAGAAACAACACAAAGCCUUUGAGUUACGACUGGCUGAAAGAGUUUCAAAUGGAUUACAGCAAGUGUCGAUAACAGAUGAGUCUGAACUUCAGAGAACAGCUCUAGGAGGCCUUAAGGGCCAUGGAAAGAAAGGAACUAUUGGGACCAAACGUACUGGAAAUGCCACUCUCACUAAAAAGACAGGCAUCAGGGGAACUGUGACAACAUCAAACACCUCCAAUAAUGGCUUCAAGAUCUUUUGCGACAAUGAACCUGGAAUGCAAAGCUCCUUACCCCCCUCCACAGGGGAAUGGCAGAUGCCCCCUACUGAACCAAUAAUCAAAAAAGAAAACACCCAGAAGCCUGGGAAAUGGACUGAUGCAAAGGUCUCUCAGAAACACCGUGCAUCUGUGCCUAUCAACUGCAUGCCCCAAAAGCCUGUCUUCUCUGUCCAUGUUGAUGAUGACAUCAAAAGCCACCCUCCUGCUACUCCUCAGAAUGUGUUACAGUUUGACAAGGUCUUGAGCUCGCGCAAACCAGAUCGACCUUCUGUUAUGGAUACACUCAGGAAUAAGGUAACGUUCAAGGUGUAUGUCAAGGAUGUGGUGGUUGAGCAAGUAGGAACAAAGAAGAUUCAAGGAUUUUCAAAGCAAUUUAUUGUAAAUGCAAACCAAAAUAGAGUAAAUGGAACAAAUACUAAAACAACUACUCACCUCGCAAUGAGUGUAGAUGUGGAGCCCAUGACGCAAGGAGGUCUUGCAUUUGCAGAUCAGUCUGGAGCUCCUCUUCCUUCUGUGCAGAAUUCAACCAACCAUGAGCAGACCUCUUCAAAGCCUCCUGGCUCCACCCUGGCAAGUGAUUCACAGUCCAUGUACCGAAAAUCAGCUUUCCAACCAGUCACACCGGAUGUGAACAGGUCUUGUAGCUUCAACAGCUCCAAUCUGGCUGGUCCUUCGCCAACUGUUUUCACUAAACAAGCGUUAAUGGUUGUUGGAGAUAUGUUCUGCGGCCCGCUUGAUUCAGAACGUGACUUAACCUUGGGGCCGCGCCAGGAGAUGGAUAAGACAGAGAAGGACUUUGAAGCAGCAUUCACUGGUGAUGAUACAACCACUGUAGGAUUUUCAAAAGGUCUUGCAGGAAUGGGAGGAUUUGGAAGUUCUGCUGGUUUCGUGAUUUAUGAUGAGACUGUGGCUGACAAAAGGAAUGGAGACACAGAUGACAAAGAAAAGGAAUUUGAAGACAAGGAAAAUAUGCCACCGAAAGGCAACCGGCAAGAAGCAUGUCGUCGACCCUUAGCUGGUAUUCUUCAGCCAUCCCUGGGUAUUCCAACCUGCUCAGAGGAGGAUGAUGACGAGGAAGAAGCUGAAAUGAAUGAAAAAUUUGAGAGUACAAAUCUCAAGAAUUACCAACCGUUGCAACAGCUGGACAAAACUAGCGAAGUUUUCUUGGCCGAUUUCACUCAUGACCAGACCCUUGCAUCUUCAAGCUUCGCAACUGCGGCACACAUGGCCUCGACUCCAUUCUGUUACACAAAUGGCCCGAUGUCACUUCCCAGCCUUCCUUGCAGCACAAUUCGCCCAGCUAAUGAAAUUCCAGAAUUGAGUGACUUGCCUUCUGACGGAGGUCAAUACCGUUCCUUACAUCCGAACACUGUCCAAGCAAGCAACAGCUUUAUUUCCACGCCCAGCAAAGUUUUGAGCCCAAUAUUUGAAGCCAGCCAGGAGGAUACCAAAUCAACAAACUCAAGCCAUUCGUCCAACGGUUCAUCCAGGCGAUUUUCGUGUUCAGUUGGUGCACAGCAGCACAAUGGGUUGGAACUAAGUAAGAUACAAGAGGAAACAAGCCUCUGCCACGGUGAUGGUGAACAACAGGCUGUCAAUGUUGGUAAUGUUGCGAUAAACCCUUUCGCUGGUGCUGUUGUUGACAAUUUACUCCGCCGGAUUAAUCCUUCUUUAUCAAGCUAUGAAGGAUUCACUGUGUCAAGCAAAGAAGUGCCAAGAAUUGUAUCAAAUGCAUCCGUGAAUUUAGGUGGCAAUGAAAUAUUCAAUGUUGAAAAGUCGAUCGGUUCUGGGGCUUUCGCCAAAGUUUUCUUGGCGAAAAAAUUCGGUGACAAUGAUGAUAACGAUUUCGAAACUGACGACGAAAGUUCCGUGGUGUUGAAGGUACAGGAAAUAUCGAUUGAAUGGGAAUUUUACGUAAGUAAACAGCUUCAAAAGAGAAUGAGGGAGUGUGGAUGCUCUAAAGAGCUGCAGGCGAUGUUCAUGGACCCAAUAGCGGCAUUUGUGUAUUCUAAUUCAUCAGUGUUGGUGGAUAAAUACAACCCACUUGGUACCAUUCUGGAUAUGGUAAACAAAUACAAAAUGGAGAAGAAGACCAUGGAGGAAGGCGUCCUGUUUUAUUACACCAUUGCUCUUUUGCGAAUUAUAGAAACCUUGCAUUCUUGUGGCAUCAUUCACGGAGACAUAAAACCAGACAAUUUCCUUGUGUUGGAUAGUGAAGAUACAUUGGACUGCGCAUGCCUAAAAUUGAUCGACUUCGGACGUAGUGUGGACAUGACCCUUUUUCCAGCCGGAACAACUUUCACUACCAACUGUUACACAGAAGAUUUUCAGUGCAUAGAAAUGAAAGAGGGUAGACCUUGGACCACUCAGGUUGAUAUGUAUGGGCUUUUGGGCACAAUACACUGUCUCUUAUUUCUUGAUUACAUGAAAGUAAGCCAAGACAAAAUGGGAAGGUGGAAAACCACAAAACCAUUCAAAAGGUAUUGGAAUCCAAUUUGGGGAAGGCUCUUCGACUCGCUGUUGAACAUACCAAGCUGUGAGAAGCAACCAUCUCUGAAAGAUUUUCGUGAAGAAUUUGAACAGUUUUACCUUGCGGAUGAAGAAAAUUACUCCAGACACAGACGAAGCCACGAGGUGUUCAUGUUUUAGGCACACCUUCCUCUUGAAAUCCGACUGGCUUCUGAAUAAAAGGAAGAACUGUAUCAUACAGCUUUUUGCUAUGUUCGUAUUAAUAACUAUUGUUAUUGGCAUUAUUAUCAUUAUUAUUAUCAUCAUCAUCAUCAUCAUUAGUGGUAUAAGUAUUAGAAUUAGUACUGAUUUCAUCAUAUUUUUUUAAGUUGUAAUUCGUAAAACUUUCUGUGGACAAGUUACUCUUUCUGUUGUUUGUUUGUUUGUUUGUUUGUAUGUUUUUUGUAAAUAUUCAGCGGAUGCUUUGAGCAACAGUGAGUCGCGUUUUUCUGAAGCAUCUCAGCGGGCCAGAGUAUUAAACCCUCGGAUCUGAUUAGCCAAUCGCGCAUAAGUAACUAGUUCAGCUUUCUACCGUGUGGAUCACGGUUCGGAAUAUUUUUCUGCGCCGUUCGCGGCAAAACAGGAAAAAUCAAACCAAUGAAAAAAGAAGUUAUUUACUGGUCCAGGUCGGUCCACGUGGGGAAAAAACUGUGUCCGAUGUCUUUUAAAAGUACGACCUCGAUCGCACUCAAGACCUUGGGCACAGUUUUUACCCAUAUGGACCUCCAGCCCGGUUUGAUAACUAAUGCCUUCGAAUCGAAGCGUCUCAUGACUGAUUGAUGGUAACAGGAACAGACUCUCGCUUUCUCGAUCACGCCGGUGUCAUUUCUGCAGUCAUAACAGAAUACUCAUCCUUGAAUUUAAAAGGAGUUUUAAAUAAAAGUCCUUCAAAAUAAACAAAUAUUCUUAGAAGACAACCAA